AUGUCUUCUCAGAAGCCCGCGCGACGAAGGACACCAGCUUCCUCACCGUGUCCUCGCUGUGGGCGCUUCUUCUCCCGCAACGAUUCACUCAAUCGCCAUUUGAAAACACACGCGAGCCAUGCUGAUCAACGGCCCUUCCAUCGCAUCCUCAGCAAUGAGAAAUUCCGGGCGUGUAAGAACUGCCGUCGCCUGAAGACGCGGUGCACCGGCAGUCUUCCCUGCUCGAGAUGUGAAAACUCGGGAAUCAAGUGUUAUUAUGGCCAGAAGCCCGACGAUCCGCCUCCAGUAUCGACCACAAGCUCCUCGGCCACGCCGCAGCCAUCAGAUUUACCAAGACGGCUCUCGGAUGUUCACGAAGAAAAGGAAUCUUCUUUUGAAGGCCCAGAGACCAUUGCCCCCUCCGAUCCUGCGGAGCCGAGGGAACACUCCCUUCAAUCCACCAAAAGCCCCGAAGAUACACUCGCCACGAUGCCAGUUUCCUCCCCUGAGAGCACCACGGCGAUGCUGCGUCUCAGCCUCGCUGCCGAGGCAGACUCCCGGUCACUCCUGCUCAAUGACGGCAAAGAAUUCCCCAUCAUUCAGUCUACCUAUGUGUCGCCAACCAUGCACAUACUGGAUCCCUAUUCAUACAGACUACCGUCUUUGGCUGACUCUCGCGAGGCUCCUACCCCGAACAGCCAGGCGCUUGCUAACUGCAGAUAUCCGGUCUUGCAAUACUUGUCGCCAUUUCUGGAUCGAGAGUUCAGCUCCAACCUAGCGUGCGAUCUUCUUGACACGUACUUCUCCAGCAGUUUCUCAAGUCGAAUGCACCCAACCUGCCACCACAUCCACAACUUCAUUCUCCGCAAAUGCGAUGUUCUAGACCCGUUGCAUCCUCGCAAGACCCAUCCAGCCUUGCUUGGGAGUAUGCUCUUCGUAGCCGCCUUGAGCGACAAGGCGCUGGGGCUCUUCAGUGGACCCCAAGAGCGCGACCGUGUCUGCAAAUACCUCAGUCUUCUGACAUAUCGGCUCUUGAAUCCUUCCAGGUACGAACCUCUUCUCAGCCAGGAAGAUCUCGGACUUCCACCAGCUUUCCCCCCAGAUUCAGGCUGGACCAAUGAAGAUCUACAGCGGGCAUUUGAUCCACAACAACUCUCCGACGGCUUUCCUGUUGCUUGGGGCACCGAUUACAUUAUCGCGCUCAUUCACGUUUCUUCCGUCAUAUCUGGCUCUGAGAAAAAAGCUGCGUCGAUCAGAUGGUGGUCGGUUGCCUUCAGCCUUGCCAGAGAUCUCAAGCUCAAUCAAGAAGUCGAGUCUUACGUCGUGCAGGAGGACAACGGCAGUACCCAUCCGAAUGUCAAUUGCAAAUGCUCGCUAAGCCAAGAUAUAACGGAAGAUUGCAUUGGAGAAGUGCACCGUGAGGAAAGGCGACGGACUUGGUACAUGUUAUUUCUCAUGGACAGACAUCUCGCUCUGUGCUACAAUCACUCUUUGACUCUGCUCGAAGCCGAAUGCAAGGAUUUGCUACUGCCCUUGGACGACGUGACAUGGCAGUCUGGUGCCCAGCCGCACAGUCACGGUACUCGCGCGGAUGGUCCAAGGUGCAUGCUGAUGCCAGCAGGCACUGGUCGACGCCAUGGUCCCCCACGAUUGUGCUCGGGGCCUGGCAUUUUCGAGUUCUUCCUUCCACUCAUGACCAUCACCGGACAUCUGCUGGAUUACAAUCGAGCCAAAAGCAACCCGGUCCUGGCGUCGGCAGGCUCUGCGAUGUGGGUAUCCCAGGAACGCAGAAUCCUUGACGAACUCGACCAGUACCAAGAAAGCCUUGACCAACUGACCUCGAGACCUGUCCUCGACCACACGUCCCAGCACGAAUCUCUGUGGGAGACGUCCCCUGCGCCAGUCGUGGACGAAGGCGAAGCAAACCACAUUACCAACACGUUCUCUGCUUAUGCGACUCACAUAUGUUUUGUGCUGAAGAUUUUGGUGGGGAGCAAGUGGGAUCCUGUUUCCUUGUUCAACGACGACGACUUCUUCACCUCAUCUGAAUCAUUCAAAAGUUCCAUGUCGCAUACCAUGAUGGCCGCGCAGUGUGUGACGCGGAUCAUCGAACACGACCCGGAUAUCAGUUUCAUGCCGUACUUCUUCGGCAUUCAGCUGCUCCACGGCAGCCUUUUGCUCUUGCUUGUUGCAUAUCGGCUGCAGGCAGAUUCUGGGACCGCCAUCUUAGCUGCGUGUGAGUCCGUCAUCCGGGCUACGGAAGCGUGCUUCGUAACUCUCCCAACAGACUACCAGCGUCAAUUUCGCAACGUCAUGCGGUCCGCUAUUGCCCUGGCCAAAGGCAGGAUGAACAAUCCUAUCGACACGGAGAAGCAAUUGACAUUUGUUCUGGCGAGAUACAGGUGGUCUAGAAACGGUGCGGGACUCGCUCGCUGA